CAAAACCAUUCAACAAAAUAAACAAUCUAUAAACCAAAUGAUCAUACCGUAUGUAUAAAUGACAACACCAUAAGCCCAGCAUACAUGCCUCUCCCCAGCACAAAGCUUCUUAGGAGCCCACCAGACUGCUCAAAUACUUUCCCCAUAUUCUAGUGUAGAUGGCAACCCUUCAUUCCUCCAUCCUCUUAAAAAUAAUCUGCCUGGCUAUCAUUUAACUAGUCUGGACCCAGCUUCUUACGUGCUUAUCCAUCGCAUGUAGGAUUGACCCAUCUUCCCAGAACAAAUCAUCAUGGGCUGAAUGAAACCUGGGUCCCUGCAAUCUGACAAAGAUUAUCAUGUAUCCCAGUCCAAGUCCCCAGGUUCUGCAUAAGCAUGGAAUAAUACCCAGAAGCCCCAUGAGCUUUUCCAUAUUUCAACAACACCUUAUUUAAACUUACUGAUGCUGUAGUGGCUAAAUAACUGGAUCCAAAAUUCCCUACUAACAGAUGGUGCAAAUAUCUGAAAAAUGGAGUCCUAGGGAUUCCAAAUUGCUGCCAUCCCUGUAGGAGAUGGACCUGAACGUGGCAGUGAAUGUACCUGUGAGUAGCAUUGGGCGGCCGAACCUUUAUGAGCUGCUGGCAUGGCUCAAUGAAAGUUUACAGACAGGCUUCACCAAGAUUGGGCAGGUAUGCACAGGUGCAGCCUAUUGCCAGCUGAUGGACUGGUUGUUUCCGCAGACCCUGGACCUCUCCAGGGUCCGGUUCCAAAGCAACGACAUGGUGGACAUUAUUCACAACUACAGUUUACUGCAAGCUGCAUUCAGAAAACUCGGAGUGUUGCGACACAUCCCCGUCAAGGAUUUGAUGGAGAGGAACUCUAAUGUGGCUGUGACCUUCCUGCACUGGUUCAAGGCGUUCUUUGACAAGAACAACAACAAGGGCAGGGAGUACCAUGCCUUGGAGGCCAGAGGUGGACAGAGUAUGGUUCCUGCUGACUCAGAUGGGCAUUCCUCCCAGACCCCUCCUCAGAAACUGGAGAUAAUUGUGAAGAUGGAGGGUAAAGCAGUGGAAGAACCAAGAAAAGAAAAAGUUCCAGAGAGUUUGAACAAAACCACAGAAGUGAUAGUAGUGAUAUCAGAUGUUGAGGAUGAUGAUGAUGAUGUAAUGGAAGUGAUGGAUGUGAAGGUGGAGCAGAAAACAGAGAAAAUGGAGACAGCCCUGAAAGAAGAGGCACCAGAGAAGGUGAAGCAAGAAGAAGCAGUGGACAAAGGAAAUGAAGGGACCAGUUAUAGUUUGUUGCACUUCAUCAGAAGAUACUGUAAUGACAAUGUGGGCACAGACUUCAAUACAAGUAGAGAGACUCAGGUUUCUGCUAUCUUGAGUCCAGCCCACCCUAUAGACAUCAUUAAGGCCUGCUCCAGCACGCCGUACUGCCUCUACCUGUACGUGGGCGUAGAGCUGGGUGGAGGACAGAACACGGGUGUUGUCCUGGUUGGCUACUUGGACCAGAGGUCAGGGCUCAGUGUGGUGAAGCCGCUACUCACUCUGCAGAUGAGUGUUGACGCUGUUGACCCUCAAACCUCAGCGAACGCUGACGCUAUCACAGACACACCCACUGCAGAUACAGAUGCUCAGCAUCUGAUUGAGACGCUGAAAAAACGUGGCUUUCCUUUGUUCAACAUUGUUGCGUUUUACUGUAACGCUCCACACCCAGGGGUGAGCAAGGUGUUUGUUUCUCUCUUUCAGGCUUUCAACCCUAGGUUAGUAUCACUUUGCGGCCUCCCUGGGAUGGCAGCAAGAGCAUGCCAGGCCGGACUUUUGGCUUCCUUUGGAUGCGUGGUUGACCUGGUUAGAGACAUCCACUAUCACUACUACACUUGCCCCCAGGUCCGUAGGUGUCUUAAAGAGCUAUUUGCUGAUGCAGAGUCUUAUAACCCAUCCCAACCUAUAUCUGCACAGUGUUUGUUUGUCAUCCAUGCUGUGCAAAAGAUGGCCAGCUGCUGGAGGGUUUUAGUGGACUAUUACAAGUCACUAAUGAAAGCACAGGAUGUUGACCAGAUCAGAACUCGGCUGAUGGAUGCUAAGGUCAAACUGCGCUUCAUGUUUCUUGCCUCCAUUUUGGACCCCCUCCGAGCUCUCCAAGAAUAUCAGCAGGGUGGCACAGCGGCCGUGCCUGGGGAGCUCCAGCUGGCCUCUAUGCUGGUUCACUCCUAUGCUACCAGUCUCUUUCGGCCCUCCGUCGCCGAGCGCUUCCUCAGGAAGCGAGAUCCGCAUCUCCUUCAAAAUAGGACGGAGAUGCUCCCCGUAGCAGAGGUGCACGUGGGUGCUCGUGCCAGAGAAUUCAUGUGGGCCACUGCUGUCGUGGAUCUGGGGGAACAGGAGAGGUUGGACUUCCUGCAGGAUGCAGAGACUUUCUAUAAAGCAACACUCCAGAGUUUAGUAGAGAGUCUGCCUGAGCAUCUUGGAGAAGUGGCACUAAGGAAUAUCGACCAAGUGCUGAAACAUCCUGACAAUAUCAAUCGUUAUAAAUUGUCCAGCCAAGCGCUGUCAGAGAUGAGCAUACAGCUGGGUCUGUUUUCCGAUGGGUCUGUAGGAAGACAUCCCCUGGACCGCGACUACCUCACUUUCAUUAAAACAGUAAAGGAGGAACGGAGUCAUUGCUGGGCAAAGAUGUUGCCUGCCAUUAGGCCCCACUCUGCUCUGCAGAGACUUUUCCUUGACAUCCUGGCUCUACCAAGCUCUCUGCACAGGACGCAGGUGUUUGCUAAGGCUCUUCGUACCACCAAGAAAACCUCCAGAGCAGGUUGGCCAGGAAUACCCCGCAUAAGGAAACCUGUCCAGGCCGACUAUGGUGGCGAUAAGAAAGUAGUGAAGAAAGAAGGGAUUUCAUCAAAGGAUGGUGACGAUGUUGAGGCCAAACGCAGUCUCCAUCUUCACUCCAAACGCUGCAGCUCUAUGGAGGACUCCGACUACACAGACAAUUCUUCUGAUGUGGUUGAUGUCACCGAAGAGUCCAAAAAAAGCCAGACCAACAGUCUAAUCAAAUCAAAAAGUGGGAGAACUCUGCAGGUCCAGGUCGUCCAGGUCUCAGAUGAUGAUGACCGAGGGGUUUUACCAAGCACACCAAACAACUCCACAGAAUUGAUGGAUGUGCUUGGGGAGCUGGUCUGGGGUCAGCCAGAGGGCUUCUCUCUCUGGCCAGCCAUCAUUGUACCCUUCAGGGAAGAGCUCCAACAUCCAGAGAGCAGGAUGGUAGAGUGGUACGGUCAGAACAUGUCCUCUCAGGUCAGAUUGCAGGCUCUGAAACCGUUGGCUGCCUUCGCCCAGCACUUCUGCUCCAACUCCUUCGCCAUCCUCGUUACCUACCGAGAAGCCAUCUUCUUGUGCUUGCAGGAGGCAGCUCUACGUUGUAAGAAGCAGUUUUCUGCUUGUGUUGAGGACCGAGAUGAGCUUCUGAAACAGAUGUUAGACUGGGCAUUUGGAGGCUUUCAACCCAGUGGGCCAGACGGACUGAAACCAACGGCUGCCACAAACAGUGCUACCAAAACAAACAAAAGACCAAAAGUGAAGCAGAAACUCUUUCCGAAGACCAACUCCUCUCAUCCCCCCAUCAGAUCCUCCACCUUGAUGAGCAGCAAGAGCAACCUCGAGCUGAAAGAAGUGUCGGUCUCUCUUAACAGGUUGUCGUCUCAAAGAGGUGGAAGUGCGAAAACAUGGGAAGCAUGGGAAGAAGAAUGUGACUCCCCUAAAGGAGCCACAAAGGAGAAGGUAUCCCGAGUAGGAUUGGCAGCGGAGAAGGGAGGAUGGGAGGGAGAGAGAGAUGACUGGGGAAGAGGGUGGGAGAAGGUCAAAGGAGUGGGGAAAGGGAAGGGUAAGGUAGGGAAGCUUCAGAAGAAGAAAAACUGUCCGUCUGAUGGAUUUGACGAUGACAUGUCACCCGACUUUGUGCCGCAAAAGAGGAGGACCUACACCAAAUCUUACAAUAAGGUCCAACAGACGACCAGCGAUUACACCCAGCCGGACCAAAAACUCAGAGAGGAGACUAUUCGUAGGAUCAUGGACAUGAAGCUGGACAUUGAAGGCUUCUGUUUGUGUUGUGGAACUGAAGACGUUGAGAUAUCCCACCCUCUGUUUAAAGGCAGCCUCUGCUUGGAGUGUAAAAAUAACUUAACAGAAACUCUGUAUCGUUACGAUGAAGAUGGAUAUCAGUCCUACUGUACCAUCUGCUGCUAUGGACUGGAGGUCAUACUGUGUGGCAACGAUAGCUGCUGCAGAUGUUAUUGCACAGACUGUCUCAACAUCCUUGUUGGUCAGGGGACGUUUGAUGCCUUGAAGCUGCUGGACCCGUGGAUCUGCUACUUGUGUCAGCCUCAUCGCCUCCACGGUGCUCUGAUCCCCAGAGAGGACUGGAGCGUCCGUGUUCAGGACUUGUUCGCCAACAACAGCGCCAUGGAGUUUGAGCCUCACCGGGUUUAUCCGUCCAUCCCUGCAAACCAGCGCAGACCAAUCAGAGUUCUCUCACUGUUUGAUGGCAUAGCAACAGGCUACCUGGUGCUGAAGGAUCUCGGCUUUAAAGUAGAGAAAUAUGUUGCCUCAGAGGUUUGCGAGGAUUCGAUUUCCGUGGCGACUGUUGGCCACGAUGGGAAGAUCAUCCACGUUGGUGACGUCCGGUUCAUCACCGAGGAACACAUGGAGCAGUGGGGUCCGUUUGAUCUGCUGAUCGGUGGCAGCCCCUGUAACGAUCUCUCCAUCGUCAACCCCUUGAGAAAAGGCCUCUACGAGGGCACCGGCAGGCUGUUCUUUGAGUUCUACCGCAUCCUUCAGCUGCUGAAGCCCAAAGAGGAAGACCCCAGGCCCUUUUUCUGGCUGUUUGAGAACGUGGUCUUCAUGAACACCCACGACCGAGUCAACAUCUGCCGCUUCCUCGAGUGCAACCCGGUGCUGGUGGACGCCAUCAAAGUCAGCCCUGCUCACAGACGCCGUUACUUCUGGGGAAACAUCCCGGGGAUGAGCAGGCCCAUUAUAGCAUCCCAGAAUGACAAGCUGGAUCUCCAGGACUGCUUAGAGAUCGGCAGAGAAGCCCGGGUCGCCAAGGUAAGGACCAUCACCACCAAUUCUAAUUCUCUGAAGCAGGGCAGCUCUUCUCUGCUGCCCGUCCUCCACAACGGCAAAGAGGACAACCUCUGGAUCACAGAACUGGAAAAGAUCUUUGGUUUCCCCAAGCACUACACCGACGUGAGGAACAUGAACCGGCAGCAGAGGCAGAAGGUGCUGGGGAAGGCAUGGAGUGUGCCGGUCAUCCGUCACCUCUUCGCUCCCCUCAAGGACUAUUUUGCCUGUGAGGAGCUGCCUCCUUUAACCACGUCCGCCACCUCCUCCUCCUCCACCUCCCCGUCCUCCCCUGCCUCUCCAGAAUUUCAGCAGCUGAGAUAGGGGAGGCUGGGAAUGUUUGGUACGUGUGUUUGUGUGGAGGGUGUUUUUUUUCACACCACACUUUGUAUGAGAACUCGGUGGAGCUCACAGACGAGUUUUUGCAGAUCACUGCCACGGGGACAUUUAGUCAGCUAUGCACUCGAGUCUCUUGCAUCGCAUCACGUGUGCUGUUUGUCUGCACAGCCGACAGUCACUUUGGCCUCCAACUAUGCUCCGUCCAAUUCAUGCUUCCAUGCUGAUUUCCUCCAGGCCUGUGUUAUCAAUUAUCCUCUAAACUAUUUGUUUGUAUCGUUAGAAUUUAAACAUGAAUAUUGAUCCCAUAUCCUCAGGUUAUAUAUGGGUCAAAAUAUGGCAUAUGUCCUUGAGAUUUUUAACCAUUUUUAAAUAAAUAGAUUAGAAAUAAUGUUUACAUGGUGAUUGUGAGAAGUCAUAAACAACCUCAACAUUUGUUUUUAAAAGUGUGAAUCAUGUUAAACUGAGAGCUCCCUCGCUACUUUACUGUGACCUUCUAAUCAUGCUUCCUCGAGAAAUUACCAACUUGCAUUAUUUUGUAUUCAGAUAUAUGAGAAGAUACAAGGUUUUUGUGGCGCACUAUCGUAUCUUUUUAUUCAGUUUUUAACUUUUUUUAUACCUUUUUGUUCUUUCUUAGUAUCUUUUUU